CCAGAAACCGUGAACAUUGGUUGGGUGUUCGCGAACCAGGAAGAAGUUGGCUGAAGGGUUCGAGUAAAACGACCAUAAACAACCUUUUUCUAACCUGAAAUAUGGCUUGCGGUGCUGGUGUUUUGAAAUUGAUUCAUCGUCCCGCGUUUGCGGUACUUUCCAGGCUUAGUUUAGUGGGAAAAUGCCAGCGUACAGGAGCCUUGACCUCCACUGUGACCUGGAAACAGUUCUCUGAUGACUCCUCGGAACAAAUCAGCAGAUAUCCCAUUCCUUACAAGAAGGAUCUUCCCUAUGACAUUGUAGAACUGAUGGAAGAGGUGGAGACCAAGGGUGGGUUUUUGCCCAAUGUGUUCAAGGUACUCGCUCAUCGGCCUUCAGAGUUUCGAGCAUUUUUCGCCUACUACAACGACCUGAUGAACAAGGAAACAGGCAAAUUGACUAAAGCGGACCGGGAGCUCAUCGUCGUGGCGACCAGCAUCCACAACCGCUGCCUGUACUGCGUGGUCUCACACAGCGCCCUGCACCGCAUCUACUCCAAGAACCCUACGCUAGCUGACCAGGUGAUAGUGAACUACGAGAACGCACAGCUUAGCGCCAGGGAGAGGGCCAUGCUGGACUUUGCCCUGGCCAUAUGCCGCAGCGACACCAUCAAGGACAGCCACUUCCAGGCCCUGGAGGCGCACGGCUUCGACCGCGAGGACGCGUGGGACAUCGCCGCCAUCACCUCCUUCUUCGCCAUGUCCAACCGCCUGGCGCACCUCACCGACAUGCGGCCCAACACCGAGUUCUACAGCCUGGGCCGCGUGCCGCGGGACAAGGGCAAGGCCGGGGGCGAGGGCCGGGGCGAGGGUGACUGAUCUUACCGGUCUGGGAGCCGGGGACCCCCCUCCCGUCCCGUCGUGACCUGAAUACCUUCGCUGCUAUGUCUCUGAGCUCAAAGGUCACCUAGGGGUGUUUUCUGCAACAUGAUCAGUACGUUAAAAAUAACAUUUGAUUUGACUUAUUUUCCGUUUCACACACAAAGCCUGCACAUUCAUUAACUUAAAAUGUAUUAUCAAGUCAUAGAGGGAUUGGGUGUCAUUGACCAAAAAAUUCUUAAAUUCUUCUUACUUUUGUUCUUAAGAAAAGUUCCUUUGAAAAAACCAACGUGUAAUUCAUGAUUAUGUGCACAACUUCAAAUUUUUACAUUUUCCAGGUCUAUAGGAUGAUGAAUGGCAGUUGAUCUUAAAUUGGAUGCAGAUGCCUCUUCAUAUUGAUUAGCAUAAGGAAUUACACUAACAAUCCCAUAACAGGUAUGCUGAAUUCAGGGUUGUGUGCAAACAUCAGCCAUUCAUUGGUUUUUGCAAACAUAUCUAUGUGAUACCUAAGGACAUGCUCUGUCCCAUAGCCACGAUUAGCCAAGUAAUUGAAAAGCAGCGAAUACGCCAUUGCUAAGUGCUGGGUUUGACUGUGCACUUGUGUGUCUUUAUAUAUCAUAAUAUUCUUGCCCUCUUUCUGCUACUCUGUAAAGCGGCUUUGUGACAAUUUUCUGUAUAAUCGCUAUACAAAAAUAAUUGAUAUUAUGAUUAUUCGUCAUCAUCAGUCACUUUUAUCAGUACAAAUUAAUUACGUAUGUUCUCAACAAGGUUGAGAGGGCUGAAAUAAAAAUAAAAAAGUUUUUUGAAAAAACGAAUUAAACCAAAAGAAAUGAAAAUUUAGGCCUAUAAUUGUACUGAUAAAUGUUUUGUUGUUGACAUGAGGAUGACAAUAAAUUGAUUUUGCAUAAAUAAUAAAGAUUUAAAAGAUUUAAAAAAGUUCAGAGUCAUAUGCCUUUACGCGUGUUUCCAACCUAUUUAGAUUUUGAUCGUGCCAAAGAACAAAUUUAGAUAAAAAAAAUUCCAAAAUGUUUGUAGGAUUGAACACAAUGUACAAUCAAAUCUGAUUGUGUGCAUGUUUUGUGAAUGAGAUCCAUCACUUCCUGAGUUCAGCUGUGUUAAAGGAAUCCUGUGAAGCAGGUUUUUUUUUUUUUUUUGUGUGUCAAUGUGGUCAUUGUCGGAAGAGGUUUACCAAGAGCUCUUUGACGUGUGUUCUUGUUUUCGUGUAGGGGGGCUCCCGCGGUGUGCUGCAAUGCGUGUGUAUACCUGGGGGUUUCAACGCAUACCCUAGAUGCUUGCAUGGUUUGGACAAGGGCUAGGUUAUCCAAAUUGGAAAAGUAGUCUGUCUGAAUAGAAAAUGAAGGCUUUAGUUUAACCCAUGCUCUGAAUUGAAACAAAGUAGGGACAUGUCCCUUUUUUUACAAAUACAUGCUGCAUUAGCUUACAGAAGGUGUGCUGUGUAAUGGUGUAAGCCGUUUGUCAAAUUAGUAAUAUAUUUUAUUUACUGAAAAACCUGUCUGGUUGAAUUAAAGGCCUAGAGAAGGCCUUGGCAGAUUACCAGUCAGAGGUUUGGAGUGGCAAAUUUGUGUUAGCUGCUAUAAGGUUACAGUAGUGCUAAAUGAACAGAAGAUAGGGUUUAGCAGUUUUUAUGUAUUUUGAAAAGGGUUGCGGUUGUUUUUCAUUGUUUUGUUGUCACCUUCCUGAAUGAGUAGUGUCUGUACUUUACUGCCAGAACAUUUUUAGUAGGAAAACAUUUAUACUAAUAAUGAUUCAUUUUAACAUAAAAAAUGAAAAGUCAGAAAUCAUCUCUAUCCAUGUGUUCCUUCUGCCUCAAUUCAACUAUAAAUAAUUAUUUUUCCGCAGCAGUUGAGUUACUUUUGUAUUUGUCAUGCUUUUAUUAUUUUUUUUCAAUAGCACAUUUCUGAACAGAUCAGACUGCUAUGCAAUGUAAAUUGUGACAUUCAGGGUGAUAAAAAAAUAAAACUUCUGUAAAAUA